AGUGCCGUCCUGUGGGCGUGGCUUGGCGCUCCCGGACUCGACCAUGGCGGCGCGGUGCCCACCUGUGCGCCUCCUUUCCCUCGGGUUGCUGCUGCUGCUGCUGCUUCAGCCGCCGCCCUUGGUCCCGGCGCAGCCGAGAGGUUCGCCCGGAGGGGUGGUGCGGGUCCCUGUCUCCGAUCCCGACGUGCAGGUGGCGGCUGCGUUCGCCGUGGAGGCUUACAACAAGGCCAACACCAACUCCUUGUACAGCCGGGCGCUGCGGAUCCUGCUGGCGUCUCACCAGAUCGUGGCAGGAAGUUUGUAUUAUCUGACAAUUGAGCUGGUGAAGACAAAAUGUGAGAAGAAUGAAAGGACACAAUUGACACCGGCAGACCUGGAGCGAUGCCCGUUGCCUCCAAAGGCAGAGCAGCAGAAAGAAAUCUGCACAUUUCAGAUCUGGACUCGUUCUUGGCUAAACGACAUACGUUUGACACACAUGAGCUGUGAAUAGGCUCUUUCCUGAGUCUCGUGACCAGCUGCUAUUGAGAAGGGCCCUGACAGUGAAUUCAGACCAACAUACUAAUUCUCAUUAAAUAGGCUGAGCUGCCUACCCUCCUUUACGGCCUCCAGAAUUCACCUGGCAGAGGUGAGAAAAUGGGGCUUGUAGUGUCACCCGCUUGUGGGUCAUAGAAGCCCUAGAUGUUCCUCUCAUAGGCUUUAAGGUGCCACCAAAUCUCACCUGAACACAAUUUUCUUCCUGCAGAAGCUUUCCUGGACCUGAGCUUCAGAUGCAAAAACAAAUUGGGACAGUAUCUUCUUCACAUCUGUCAGGAGAUGAAUUCUGCAACUGUAUUUGUGUAUUUGCUAGAACCUUGAAUAUAGAGUAAAAUGUGCAAGGGUGCUGUUUUAAUGCUCACAUCAAAAUUGCCCAGGACUUUCUUUCUAUGGCCGAUGUAGUGUUUGAGAAGGACCUUCAUCUUUUCUUUCUGUUCCAAAAUCUGUGGGAGAGGGAAUGCUUCUGUUUUCUCCCUGUUUAGCGGGAGAAUCUUUGGGCAUUUGGGGCUUAUCUGCGCCUACCACUCCAAAGAGGAAUAUCCAUGAUUUUUGAGUGCUGGUUUUCCAAGUGCCACCUUUUGCCUCAUUCCGUGUACCAAAAACUCUGUACAUGCUUAAGGAUACCCAAGUUGCAUUCCUAAAAAUUGCUUUCUAAGCUAAGCUUUGGUUCUGCUUUGCAGGCCUGAAUUCUAUGGAGUAUAUUAUUUAGUUCUGUAUAUUUAUGACCAAGCUGAAUGUGAUGAUUGGAAGCAUGAUGUUAGUGAAUCAUUGCAUGUUUUGUUAAAUAAGGGAAGUAAUUGUGUUAGGCUCAAAGAUGGGCUGUCGUGGCAGGUUCUUAACCCAUCUCCACUGUGUGGUUUUGCCGAAACUGCACACCAUAUGUGCUACUGUUCUCCUUAGAAAGCAGUGUCACAACCCCAGUCAGACUUGUUCAAUAAACGAAUCAUUACUUUGAAA